GAUGCAUUAGGCACUGUUGGAGUUAAUUGUGAUUGUGAUGAGAAAUCUUCCGAGGAAGUGGUAUGGUAAGGCUCCUCGGACUCCGGUGGCCGGUUACUUGGAUUAGCCACGAAAUCAUCUCCGACACCAUAGUAGAUACCUUCUUUUUUGGGAUAAUUGAGCAAGCGAAACAUCCUCAUCACCAGCGCCUUGCCCUAUGUCAAUAACGUCC